AUGGAAAUCAUUAUGGAGAGGUUCUACUCGAACCUUUUCCGUUCAUCAACUCCUGUGUCAAGCCCAAUCAUCCCCACUGGCGAAGCCCCACCACGGAUUCUCCCUUUGGAAGUAACAGUCGCUAUCAAGAGCAUGAAACCUGGCACAGCCCCCGGACCUGAUUUUAUAUCAGCAGACUUUCUUCGGGCUGGCGGCCAUCCGCUUCAUGUAAUCUUAGCAGAGCACAUGACAUCCUAUCUUCAGAAAGAAAGGAUCCCAGACCAGUGGAAGACCUCGCGAACCGUUCUUAUCCAUAAGAAAGGUGACCGAGAGGACCUUCGGAACUACCGUCCGAUAUGCUUGCUGAGCGUGUUGUACAAAAUAUUUAAGAUCAUCCUCACACGCAUAUCUAGGACGCUGGAUGAAGCCCAGCCUCAAGAACAAGCUGGAUUCCGCCAGGGGUUCAGCUGCUUGGACCACAUCCGGACCGUGUCGAGGGUCAUAGAGGUUUGCCGGGAAUACCGCCUGCCCCUUGUUCUAACCUUCGUCGACUAUGAGAAAGCCUUUGACAGCGUAGAAACGAAUGCAAUACUGUCAGCGCUGGUCGAUCAAGGUGUGGACGCGUCGUAUGUGAGGACAUUAGCCAAUUGCUACGAACGAUGCACGACUAGGAUACAGCUUUUCCACCGCCCUCUCACCAUACCCAUUGGAAAGGGGGUACGACAAGGCGAUACUAUAUCGCCGAAGCUGUUCACGGCUGCAUUGCAAUGGAUAAUGAAAUCACUAUCCUGGGAAGAAAGGGGCAUACGUGUUGAUGGAAGAUUUCUUUCGAACCUUCGUUUCGCAGACGACAUCGUUCUCUUUUCGAGCAGUACCAAUGAAGCAGAAACGAUGCUCAACGAAUUGAACGAAGCAGGGAAGAGAAUAGGACUGCGAAUAAACAGAAAGAAGACACAGUUCAUGAAGAACGCCUACUGCGAGGACGGAGGAGUACAAUUUGAAGGCUCCCAAAUCGUGGAAACUUCGUCAUACGUAUACCUCGGGCGUUCUAUGAACAUGGAAAACGACUUGAAGGAAGAACUAAAUAGAAGAAUGAGAGCAGCAUGGGCAGCAUUCGCAGCCGUCAGGAAAGCUACGGACCAACUGACGGACCAAGAUCUUCGUGCCCAUCUGUUCGACUCGACAGUCCUUCCAGCGCUCUGUUACGCAGCGGAGACGUGA